AUGCUCGCCAUUUCGCUAGGGAGAGGACCGAUCAAAGGAAAAAACUCCACUCGCGAUCGCCAUCCUUAUACCCCGGCUGUACGAAAGGCGCGUCCUGCUGCCCGCGAAGAACGGGCUCCUGCUCGGCGUCUGCGGAGGAGAGAUGUCCUUGAGGCAGAGAAUAAGAGGAAUGAGGAAGAGGAGGAGGUGCCCGUGGAAGCUAGUUGGGCGGUUGUUGAUCCGUUGCCAAGCCGCGAGGCGCGGUUGGCAGCGAUGGAGAGCGACACCACACAGCUGCGGGAUGUGGAAGAUGAUCUGACUGAGGCAGCGAAUGCCCUGCAGUUGGAUUCUGGUGCGGAGACGGAGGCUUGCCCUCCUGAAUUGCAGCUGCGGAUUUGUUCGGGUUCCGCUCAGCAGGAGUAG